AUGCAAAAUUUAAAUUUAUUAAUUAUUUUUAUUAAAUUUUUGUUUGUGUUUGGAAUGUAUCGUGGGCAUGGAGGAGGAAGCUCUUCGGCACGUUCACAAAAAUCUCCUCCUCCUCCUUCACCUGAUCAUCAAAUCGUUGCUUCAAAAAAAGUAGAUGACAUAGUAAAAGAACAAUUAAUGAAAAUUGUGAAUACAAACAACAAUACAGAUUUCCAUUUAUUAAAUAUUAUCAAACCACCCUUCGAGGGAUAUACAGCAAAUUACCCAAUUGUAGAACAAAAUAAUAAAUAUUCGGAGGCACAUAAAUAUUUAAAUGAUAAAUUAAACAAAAUUCAAGUCAAAAUCGAAAAUUAUAAAAAUAAGCCUGUUGUGAUUGAUUUGGUAAAAAUAUUUUUGUUUUUGUGUUAA